AUGGGGUCUGUGUGGUCUGAUUUUCAUCCUGAGAUCGGCAAACUGGGGCUGACCUUCGCCAAACCAGUGCGGCAGGAUGUCAACUUCUGGCGUAAGAGCGGCUCGGAGCUCCUUCUCUGCGUCCAGGAGAAUUGUGAGUUCGUCAACAACACCCUCGCUAACAUGGAGGCCAUCUUCUGUACCCUAAUGCUCCUGUUGGCUGAGAUCCGCUCCGACGAUGUGAUGGUGGACAUACUGCGCGUGCUCUUCCAUAUACAGGGCACCGCACAGAAUGGGGGUGUGAAGGGCGCCGCGGCCAUCCAUCUCCAUGCGCUGGUCUCCUCCGUAAUGAUGGCCGUGGCCCUCCUCGUGCCCAGCCUGAAGGACCAUGUGGCCACCGUCAUCAAGACCCGGUCAGACAACGCCCCACACCUCCUCCCUGCACUGCUGCCUGAGUACGACCCGACCCUGCCCUUCGCCUCCCUGCCCGACCACCUCCUCUUCGACAACAACGCCGUACUGGAACUUCUCUCGGGAACCAGUUUGGACGAGAAGCGCUUAACGGCCAGCAUGUCGAGCAUGAAGCGCAGACACUCUGGCGGACACAACACCUCAAACUCCGCCAUGGACAUCAACGCCAUCAAUGUGGAAGUGGACAGUGCCUCCUCCUCCCCCGGCCUGCCCAGGAAAUCCCUGGAGGAGGAAAUUACCUUCGAAUCGCUCAAGAAAGUCCUGACCGAGAGUCCCGAGCAGAAACGCCGUGCCGAGGAGGAGCGGCAGCGACGGCAGAUCACCGAGGCCUUCAUGACGGAAUCCUUCGAAGCGCUCGUCGCCAAAAUCCAGGCGCGGCAACCCGACAACCUCCACAACAAACUGGCGGAGAUCUUCAACCGACUUCCACCGCCACCACCCGCUUCUACGUCCUCCGGCGUCGCUACCACCACCACGACGGCCUCAGGGGGGGUAGGGGGUAUUCCGGGGGGGGUUGGUCUUGGGGGCGUUCCUGCAGUGAGUACAUGUGAGUCUGCCGCCGCUGCGCUCACCUCGGCCUCCACUUAUGAGGUUCCGUACCCUGAUAUUUUUAUUUAUUAACAGUUGUAGAUCUGUCUCUCUGUCUCUCUUCUGCUGUCUCGGUUUCUCUCUGUCUCUGUCUCGAGUUUGAUGUAUGUUCGUUAGUUCGUGUUUUUUUCUUGCAGUGUUUCUGUCGUGUGUAAACAAUAUCCUUUUUUUUUUUUUUUCUCUCAUUUUCUUUCAUCUCUUUCUCAUUCUCAAUCUCUCCUUUCUUCUCCUCUUUCUCAUUUUCUUUCCCUCUGUGUCUGUAAACAAUUUCCUUUUUCUCACUUUCUCAUUUUCUUUCUCUCUAUCUGUAAACAAUUCUCUUUUUUUCUCUCAUUUUCUUUCAAUCUCUUUCUCAUUCUCAAUCUCUCCUUUCCUCUCCUGUCUCAUUUUCUCUCAAUCUCUCUCUCAUUCUCAAUCUCUCCUUUCCUCUCCUGUCUCAUUUUCUCUCAAUCUCUCUCUCAUUCUCAAUCUCUCCUUUCCUCUCCUGUCUCAUUUUCUCUCAAUCUCUCUCUCAUUUUCAAUCUCUCCUUUCCUCUCCUGUCUCAUUUUCUCUCAAUCUCCUUCUCAUUCUCAAUCUCUCCUUUCCUCUCCUGUCCCAUUUUCUCUCAAUCUCUCUCUCAUUUUCAAUCUCUCCUUUCCUCUGUUUCAUUUUCUUUCUUUCUCUACCUAUAAUCACUUUCUCUUUCUUAUUUUCCCUUUCUCAAUCUAUCUGUCAUUCAUUUCCCUACUUUCAUUUUCUCGUUCUUUCUAUCUAUCUAUCUACCCAUAAUAUAUUUCUCUUCCUCUGUUUCAUUAUCCCCUAUCACUCACUCACUCAUUUUCCUUCAUUUUCUCUCUUUCUAUUUCCUUAUCUUGUUUUUUCCUCAUAUUCUGUUAUCUUUCUUGUCCACACUCUCUCUCUUUCUUCCUCUCUUCCUUUCUCUUUUUUGCCUCUUUUCUUUGUUUUUCUUUACAUAUGUUUUUCUCCUACAUUCUCUCAUUCUCUGUCUUUCUUUUACUCCUCCAUUCCUUACUCCUCCUCCUUUUGUUGUACUAUUCUUAUUUCAACACACACACACACACACACACACACACACACACACAAAUAAACAAACACAUUCAUACACAUUUAUCAUUCAUUCCUAAUUCAUUCUAUUCAUUAAAGCAUGUGACUAGAGAGAGAGAGAGAGAGAGAGAGAGAGAGAGAGAGAGAGAGAGAGAGAGAGAGAGAGAGAGAGAGAGAGAGAGAGAGAGAGAGAGAGAGAGAGA